GGAAACGGCAUUAGUUGCAUAGCAGCUUAGCAAGUAAAACGUUCUUUAGCAAUUUGAGUGGAUUGAAAAAAGCAAAAAAAAAAAAUACAGAACAAAAAUGCCUUUGAGCGGUAAAAAUGUGAUCUUUGUCGGUGGACUGGGCUUUAUUGGCUACGAAUGCUGCAAAAAGCUAAUGCCCAAGAAUAUGGCUAACUUCUUCGUGUUCGACAUUUUGGAAAAUGCUGACAACAUCAAGGCACUGCAGGCACUCAACACCAAAACCAAAGUUCACUACAUCAAAUUCGACAUCACUAAAAAGGAGUCAAUUAAGAGCGCCAUUGCCGAGGUGGUAUCCAAGGCGAAGUACAUUGAUGUGCUGGUGAACGGCGCUGGCAUUUUAACCGAUCCCAAUGUUGAAUUGACAAUGAACAUCAACUUGAUCGGCCUAAUCAAUACCACCUUCGAAGCAUUACCUUUUAUGGACAAGAACAAGCAAGGACGUGGUGGUGUAAUCGUAAACAUCGCUUCCGUGCUAGGUCUUGAGCCUUGUCCACCUGCUGCCGUAUACUGUGCGUCCAAAUUCGGUGUCAUGGGCUUUUCGCGAUCCAUUUCGGACCCUUACUACUACAAAAUCACCGGCGUAGCUGUGGUCACUUUCUGUCCCGGUUUGACAGAAACUCCACUGAAGAACAAUAUUGGUAGCAAAUACACCUUCGAAUACUCAAAAAAAAUCAGUGAGGAGCUAAAUGGUACCAAGACACAGAAACCUGAAGUUUGUGGAGCACAUUUGGCACAGGUGGUCGAGUCGCAUGAGAACGGUGGUAUCUACAUUAGCAAUCAAGGCACUUUGUCCAAGGUCACACCCACCGUCUACUGGCAACCCACCUAUUAGAGCGGCAAAAAGCUUAGAUGCUUUGCCACAUUGUACAUAACUACAUACAUACAUACAUAAUAAAAUAUUUUUCCUGUUAAAUUAGUUUGUAAGUUUUAAGUCUGAGUUAAAUAAAUGUACAUAUAAUAAUUUCGCA